ACACACGUCACUCAAACACAGAACCAGGAAACAGAAUCACAUGACUUCAGGGAAAGAGAAACUGAAGUGUAGUUGAGCUGUUGUGUGUUUGUGUCUGUGUUCAUGCAGUAAAAUGGCAGAAGCCAGAUUUUCUCAGGAUGAGUUCAUGUGUCCAGUGUGUCUGGAUCUCCUGAAGGAUCCAGUGGCCAUUCCCUGUGGACACAGUUACUGUAAGAUCUGUAUUACAGACUGCUGGGAUCAGGAGGAUCAGAAGAGAGUCUACAGCUGUCCUCAGUGCAGACAGACCUUCAGUCCAAGACCUGCUUUAGCUAGAAACACCAUGCUGGCUGAAGUGGUGGAGAAACUGAAGAAGACCAGACUCUCUGCUGACUGUGAGGCUGGAGCUGGAGAUGUGCAGUGUGACGUCUGUACUGGAAGAAAAUACAGAGCCGUCAAGUCCUGUCUGGUGUGUGUGGAGUCUUACUGUCAAACUCAUUUUGAGCGGCACGAGGAGUUUCAUUCACGGAAACCACACAAAGUGACUGAAGCUACUGGACGACUGCAGGAGAUGAUCUGCCGGAAACAUGAGAAGAUCCUCGAGGUUUUCUGUCGCACUGAUCAGAAGUGUAUAUGUCUGCUGUGUACGAUUAUUGAACAUAAAAACCAUGACAUUGUUCCAGCUGCAGACCAGAGGACAGAGACACAGAAGCAGCUGAAGGAGACUCAGAAGACGCUCCAGCAGAGAAUCCAGCAGAGAGAGAAAGAUCUCCAGCAGCUGAGAGAGACUGUGGAGUCUCAUAAGGUGAGUCUGGAG